AGAGAGGGAGUGGGACCCGGGCUUCCCUCUUCUUACAACUAUAAACGAACGAUAAAAAACCACCCCAACUCCCAUCAUUUUUUGUGUUCCAGUUCCACCACCCUGGCAUCCUCAUCCGUACCCUGUCCCCCUUCUUCUUCCCGAUUCCCUCACCCCCACCGGUCACCCCCGUCCCUUUCUUUCUUUCUUUCUUUCCUUGUCUCUGCGAAAUCUGACAUGAAAGAUCACUUCUGGGUCUGAAUGCGUGAGUGGUCUUUAAGAGCUUUUAAACCAGCCAAAAAAAAAAAAAGGAGUCUUUAAGAGAGAUCAAAAUCUUAUAUUUGGCACCGUGAGGAUCCGGAACAGACAGGUGCCCUUCUCUCUCUCACAUCUCUCUCCGGUUCCUUAGGCGUAGGGUGCAUUAGGUGUAGGGUGGAAUACAAGGUUCGUUUAAGCGGUUAAACUAUCCUGCGGAACAGAGAAACAUCUGCCUCUGCCUCAAAACAGAGGAAGUUGCAGAACGACUUUCGCCUUCCUCUGUUUCUCUGUUUUUUUAGAUCUCUUCCCAGUGUUCCUAUAAUCUUAAUUCUCACUCUUACACAUUUCCCAUUUUUCAUAAUUCCUUGUCUUUGUUUCUGAGCCUUUCAAUUUAUUUUUGGUGAAGUUGACUCCCGUCGGCUCGAAACAAUCCAUGGGCCAAUUUCGUUUCUUUUACAUGGGUUUUUGAGAUUGCUGAUUCGCUGCACCUACAACUUGAACUAUGUUCUGCUGCGGAGGGGCAGAGGAGGAAAACCACGGUCCACCAGCUAACCAAUAUACUGCUCCCCCUAGAGGGGGAAAUACAUAUGGUGGCGGGAGAGGAGAGCCAAGGAGUUCCAACGUGGUCAAAAGUGGAGCUCCACAGAAAGUAUUACCCAUUGAAAUACCGGCUAUAUCGUUGGAUGAAUUAAACAGGUUGACUGGUAACUUUGGCACAAAGGCUUUGAUCGGAGAAGGUUCUUACGGCCGGGUAUUCUAUGCAAAACUAAGUAAUGGUCAGGCUGCAGCAAUAAAGAAACUCGAUACCAGUUCAUCACAAGAGCCGGACACUGAUUUUGUAGCUCAGCUAUCAGCAGUUUCAAGACUUAAGCACGAGCAUUUUGUUGAGUUGCUCGGGUAUUGUUUGGAAGCAAAUAACCGAAUCUUGGUAUAUCAGUUUGCGACAAAGGGUUCUUUACAUGAUAUAUUGCAUGGGAGGAAAGGUGUACAAGGGGCUGCACCAGGUCCAGCUCUAAAGUGGAAUCAGAGAGUUAGGAUAGCCUAUGGGGCAGCAAAAGGUCUUGAGUUUCUGCAUGAAAAGGUGCAGCCUCCUAUAGUUCAUCGCGAUAUCAGAUCCAGCAAUGUCCUGCUGUUUGAUGACUUUCUGGCAAAAAUUGCUGAUUUUAACUUGUCAAACCAGUCUUCUGAUACGGCAGCUCGGCUGCAUUCAACUAGAGUCUUGGGAACAUUUGGCUACCAUGCCCCAGAGUAUGCCAUGACAGGGCAGAUAACUCAGAAAAGUGAUGUUUAUAGUUUUGGAGUUGUUCUUCUGGAGCUGUUGACAGGUAGAAAGCCAGUAGACCAUACCAUGCCCAAAGGGCAACAGAGUCUUGUUACUUGGGCAACUCCAAGAUUGAGCGAGGACAAAGUGAAGCAAUGUGUAGAUCCCAAGCUAAACAAUGACUACCCACCAAAGGCCGUUGCUAAGUUGGCAGCCGUUGCAGCACUUUGUGUUCAGUACGAGGCGGAUUUCAGGCCAAACAUGACAAUCGUUGUGAAGGCUCUCCAGCCACUUCUUAACUCAAAACCGGCCGGCCUAGACUCUAGUGCCUAGAAUAUUUACCUCAGAAUCAGACAAGCUGUCUUCUGUAAUUUGUAACUUCCCUUUGUUCCUUGUAAUUGUAUUUUCAUUAUUUUACAAUUGACUGAAUUAAGCACAGCAAGAUUCAUAUCGGCUGCUUAAGCUCCUGUGAAUUUAAAAGC